AUGCUUACACUGCUCCUUGUUGGUGCCAUCAUUAUUGUUGGUUAUAUUUUACUCCGAAUUUAUGUAGUGAAUGGACCAAGAACACCUUCGGAAUUUCUUCCUCAAAAUUUGAAAAACAAGAAUAUUGUAAUAACAGGUGCCUCUAAUGGUAUUGGACGAUUUACAGCAAUAGAAUUAUUUAAAAAACAAGCUCGCGUAAUUUUGGCCUGUAGAAACGAGGAAAAGACCAAACAAAUGAUUAGAGACAUUCUCAACGAAUGCAAAAAUGUUAAAAAUUGUGGAACUCUUGAGUUUGUCAAGUUGAAUUUGGAUGAUUUGGAAAGUGUUAAGGAUUGCUCUGUGGAAAUUUUGAAAAAAGUUGAUCAUGUUGAUGUUUUAAUUAAUAAUGCUGGAUCCCUCUCUGGUGACAUUAAAUACAAUUCAAAAUAUGAAUGUGAGGAGAUGGUAUUCUCGAAUGCUAUUGCUCACCAUUUGUUAAUUGAACUGUUGUGGAGCAAUAUGGAAAACAAUCCAAAUGGAUCUAGAAUUGUCGUUGUUGCCUCCAACGCUCAUCAAUUUGUGAGUGAGAAUGAUUUUUAUCAAUCCUCCACAAAAACCCAUUCAAUGAAGCAAUAUUACGGUCUCUCUAAGCUGUGCAAUAUUUAUCAAACUUUCCAUUUUCAUGAAGAAAGAAUUAGCAAAUCAAAACAUGCCAAUAUUACAAUCAAUUGUUGCCAUCCAGGUGCGAUAAGAACUGGCUUGAUGUCAUCAAAUCAAAUGCCACUUGUCUUCAAGAUUGUAUUUUCUCUCAUUGAAUUGUUAUUCUUCAAAAAUGUAGAACAAGGAUCUCAAAACACUCUCCACCUUGCCUGCUCCUCGAGUGUGAAUGGAAUAUCUGGCCAAUACUUCCACGAUUGUCAUAUUGCACAACCAAGCUCACUCACAUUCAACAAACAACUCCAAAACGAAUUCAUUUCCAUCACCAAUGAAAUAAUCAAACCCUAUCUUCAAUAA